AUGGAAGCCUCGAUAACUUUCACUGGAGUCAAAAGCGAAGAGAACAUGUCUCCUAACCAAGCUGAAAAUACCAUCGACGAACUAUCGUGUUACUUACCUGGAAAUAAACUUAUCGAAAGAAACUUUAUCUCUUCUUUCAGCGAGAGAGAAGGUGUUUUUGCCUUGGACAAAGACGGCAAUGGUUCCGAUAUGGAUAUUUCCGAGGACUGUGCGACCGAAACGCGAGUGACUGUCAACCGGAAAGAUUCGAUAUUUUCUGUUCCUCUGAUUCGCGUCGAAGACUGGAGCUCUUCGGAAAGCGACAUGGAAGACGACUUCGAUGAGUCUGUGCCUCCAUUUUCCUUUGUGGGAACAAGGGAAAAAACAAUUUAAUUUUUUACUUAUCAAGUUUGUAUUUCAGGCAGAACUUUCAAUCAAUGAAAGUUUUACAUACAGGUAUAAAGAAACAUUUUCAUUUACUGUGAUAAACUGCAUGAAAAUUCAAGAAAUUUGUUUUAUGAUGUCUCAAGCCUUAGCUAGGCAAUACAUUUGUUCUAAAAUUGUCUAAUUUAUCCUGAUAAAAAACAAAACCGAAAAAUUGUUAAAUUGAAAGAUCUUAAAUCGUCAUGUGUGUAGUUCGUAGGUUCAUAAAGUAGAAGCUUCAAACGGUGGGUUAAAACAAAAUGUCUGUUUUAGAUAUGUUUGUUGGUUUUAAUAGUCAGAAGAUAAAGUGAAAUCGCUUUAUCUGUUUUCAGUUUGUGCAUUGGGGAAAACACCAGACCAAAUUAAGCCUGCCGGAAUAUAAUAUGUAAGAAAUUAGACACGUACUCUACUUUCGUUAAAUUAAAAGGGGACAAAAAUAGGUUGACAUUAUCAUAAAUUAAAUUGGAUAAACUCUUGUAGUUACACGCUAUUUAUAGAAUCGUGGAGAGGAGGUAUGCUUUUCCUUUUCUAAACCGCGAAAGGGGGCGAGUCGAGGGUGUUAAAUUUUAUAGCAUCAAGAAAUGAAGGGUUUUUAUGAAAGUGGAAUUAAUUCAUGCACAAAGAUAGCAGGUAUUAAAGAUAAAUAUCGCGAAAAUAUGUGCCAUCGGCCCUAUCCUAGUAUGAUGUACGUAAAACGUAGGAUAAUCCUCACGUAGAAAUACUUAAUUAUGGAAUAAAAUGAUUAAACGUCAGUUGUUAAAGAAUUCAGUAAAUGAGUCAAUUAACAAGUAAAUCUGUUUUAAUCUUUUCACGCAGUUAAAGUAAAUGUUCUUUAAAAUCUUUCUCCUUCCGAUGGCAAAGAACAAGCUACACAUGAAUGAUAAAUGGCUCCCGAGGAAAUCCAGAUGUAGUAGCUAUAUAUCUCUGUGAAAGUCCAAAUAACUGCCGUUUAAGGAUCUGACAAUCUACGUAUAUUGGAAGUCUCUGGUCUCUGAUCUACAGGACAGGGAGCUGGUGUAGCCAAAACCUUCGUCAAUCAUCCCAAACCUCCAACGUUUUAUUAUUUAUAUUUGAAUAGUAAAAGCCAGGAACUUUCACCUCUGAAGAGGAUGUGAAGAUCAGCAAAUCAAGUUAAGAAACGUGAAGAAAUAGGAAUUAAUGACAAUCCUAUUAUUCUCUGUUAGCUGGCUUUACCUCUCCCCAGCCCCUCUCGAUUUGUCUGAAUAAAACGUCGAAGUCUCAAAGCUACAAUAGAGGCCAAAAAUCCUUCCUUCAAAUACGCAAAUGAAGCAUAAUAUCCUCUGUUGCAAUAGUUUGGAGGCUUCUAAUGACCGUCCCCUUCCCCCUCGGAACAGUGUUGGGAUAAGCAAACACUUCAGGUUCAAGACACAGUGAAGUGGACAGGGAGCAGAAAAUACAACUUUGCUUAGAGGGGGGGGGGGGGGGUUGGGGGGGAGUUAGGGAGUCGCGUAUCGUUUUAAGUCUACCAAGACUUUUGACUUCCAUUGUAUGAUAAAUUAAAGAUACUCCAAAGAAACCUCUGAUAGUGAUGAACGUCAACCACGAAGGUUGCCUAUGAAUUGUUGUUACAUGAAACGGGAUGUUGAAACACUUAUAUACCUUUUUUUUAAAUUUCUAAAUAUUUUUGCUCUCUGUUCAUAGUUUUAAACUAUUAAUAGUAAAACAAUUUUUUUAAAGAAUAAACGUUUUUCUAUGAGUGGUAAAUGUAACUUCUCAACGGCUAAAUAGCCAUGACAUUUUUUGCCUGUGUUUCCAUUUAUAAUUAGUUGUCUCUUAGUAUCUAUUCUUUUCACUUUUGUUUAGAUUUCACUGAUAAAGUGUUUUGUUUAAAAAUGUUUUAUUCCUCUUAUUUUAAAGGUUUUUAAAGAAGUUUGCAAAUUCUGAUGACCCCCUAGUUACCUUUCUGACCUUCAAAGAUUUAUUUGCUCUUCAAGAGUCAGGAACAGCUUAGUUUCCUUUAUUAAAAAUUCGGAGAAUUCAAAAAUAAUCGUCCGCGAUACUUCUCUGAAUAGGCUUGGAUUACCUGGUUUUACUUUUAUUGAACUACUCUCAGAAGUGUUAUUUGCAUAACAGUCGAGUACCAUAUUGUAAUGAAUAUGACUUGAAAAGAUUUUUAAUUAACUCCAUCCUAUAACAGAGUUAACAUUUAAUUAGCCACGCUAUUUUGGCGUUCCGUUUGUAUAGAUAACAGCUGAGAAAAGGAGCCUUAAAUUUGGCUCAGUGAACUUGUUAAGAGUUGUUCAGAGGUGGAAAUGACAACAGAAAUCAGUGCAAAGAGAAACUCAUAAGCUGAGGUUGGUGAAGUCGAAAAGAGGAGCUUGCUUUCUCCUGAACCCAGGUUGGUUGUAAACAUAUUGAUUACAUUUGUUAUUUAUAAAAUAAGUGUUGAAGGCUACGAUGACAUAGUUUGGAUAAAAAGUUCUUAAUCUGUAAAGUGCAUACUUGUUACACUGUAAUCUCUCUCCAUGGUUUUGAGUCCUAGCGUGAAAUUGCUUCUUUAGCGUUACCUUCAACUAAUCGUUCGUAAACAAACAAAACAUGUUUGAAUUUGUGGCUAACAAAUUAGUAAGUCUGCUUUGCUGCGUUCACUUUUCUCUACCUUUCUUUGUAAAAUACGAGUAAAUUUCAAAAACAAUUGAGAAUCAAGGAAAGUUCAAGCGUGUUUAGACGUCUACUGGACAGAAUGGUGGCGCAGAUUAUCGUUCUCGAACGCGCGUGUCUAUUGUUGCCGGGGGACACGGUCUUCCUUUAAAUCUUUUGCUUUAUCUUCAAUAGCCUCUUUGACAGGCGUUUGAAGGGGAAGAGAAAGGGAGAAAAAAAGGCGCGUGAGAACGCGAUAAGCGCUCGAGGAAGAACUUGAGGAAAAGACACCGUUGUUUGACGCGAAUCCCUCGGCUCCUUACUCGCACGCCUUGUAUGAACGCGCGCUUUAAUUGUCUCUUUUCCUUACACUUCACACGCCUGCUUCGUGCGCAGGCUGUGCCCACGCGAGCUCGUUGAGGUAGUAAACGCACACAAAAUCAUAGGUCGACAGCUUUCGUCGAUAUGUGAAUGGUGAACACGAUUAUUGUUAAUGUUCCCUAGAUUUGAGACGUCUUCGUAUGGACAGUGGUAGUUUAUAAAACAGAUUGUAUUUUUACUCGUGUGAACGCAGCCAAUGUCGAUUAUUCGUAGCUAAGUUCGUUUCACGGGCUGAAGAAGUACGUACAUGCAGCGCUUGCUAAUCGGGAAAAACAUGUGUUUAUCGUCUUUUUCCUUCUUUUAACAUAAAUCAGACGAAAAACUUAAAGUUUCUCGUAACACGAUGAAGCAGACGAUGCAUGAUGUAAAAUCGAGCAUCUUGAAUUAGCUAAUUGAGACUUGGAAAUACAAUUCUGAAUAAUCAUUUAAAUAUUCUCAACUCGCUUUUAAUUGAGUGGCAUUAAUCGAUUUUCAUCCUCGCAGGUUUAUUCUCUUAAGAAAGAUCAAAGCCUGGAAGGGUAAACAAGAACGAUAAAUAUUUAAAGAAGUGCAGUAAAGUCUGUCAGACAAGAUGCUUAAACUAGUGAAAAGGAAGACGAGUAAACAGCAUGUAAGUAUAAAAGAGUUUUACAUUCACGGACACGAGAAUAAAAAUAAAACUUUCAAUUUCGCGGGCAGCUGUGUUUGUGAACGCAAGGCGGAUCUCGGCAUUUAAGAAAUGAUCUUGUACAACUAGAAACUGGAGAGAAAGUGCUGCCGUGGCUAUGAGAUCUGCGCAGGUUUAGACUUUUUCGUCUUCUCGGAUGAGGACGAUAACCCACAGGCCACGCUCGAAACCCUUGCACAUUAAAUAAAUCCUGUAGUGUGUAUCCACACACUCUUCGUAAAGAGUAUGGGACGAAAAGCAUUAGCCGAUAGCUGACCGGCGCGUUCCCAGUAGCAAUCGCAGAAACAACUGCAGGACGUAUUUCGGUUCCAGUUCCCUUCUCACUUACUGUAAGCUCUUGGAUCAUAUGCAUAAAAUUAAACCUGAACCUCAGUCAUGUGAUCCACCUAUGGAGUGAUUGAAAAAUGUACUAGUCGUUUUAUUAUAAUCUCUUUGAUUAUAUGGACUCACAUCUACUCUUUUAGGUCUGAAGGUAUUCUUCCUCAAAGGCAGCGAGUAGGGAGCAUAUCAUUUGAAAAACUUUUACUCUUAAUGAUUCAUCUUAAAUUUAGUUGAAUAGAGGGACCAGAAAAUAUAGCACCAACAUGUCAAUAGACUUUCCCCGAUCUCAAAAUAAAUAAGAGAAUCAAACAAAAAAUCAUGUAUUAAAACAAAUUUUGUCUUCAAUUUGUCAAUUAUGCAUUAACCUUGACAACUACACUGGACAGGACACUGUAUGUAAUAGACGUAAUCUUUCCGAUCUUGAGGUAAAGGCAGCUUUUGAUAAUUAGCGAUCUUAUGAAAAGAAUAAUCUAUGUGCUAAUGGGAGAAAUUAGUCUAAUCUCUAAACUAAUAAAAUUCCAUUGGCCAGUUCUGUUCUGCAAUUUGCACUUUUCUUUAAUGAGUUCUGUAGUUUAAUUAGUUUCCAUUAAAAUUAACAGUGUCAAUUAGCUAUAAUAGGUGUUUUUUGUUUACUCAGAGCCCAGAAAAGAAGACCGAAGACGUCAGUCUCAAUUCAAAUAAAAAUGGAGUUCCUACUGAAGUAGAACUGUUACAGCAAGUAACAGCAGAGUUAAAGGCCGAAUUGAAUACGCUGAAAGAACAGUUAGAACAAGAAAAGAAGAAUUCAACUGAAGUGAAAAGUUUGAAAACACAGCAGGUAUGUACCCUUACCUUUAAACUGGCAAAUGCAGUGAGACAGAGGGAACGAGCUGAAGAAGAACUGGCGAAGAUACAAAAGGAAAUGGAAGAGCUUAAAGAAGUGAUAAAAUCACAAGAGGAGAAAUUAACAGGCAGAAAUCUGGGAGAAGAUACUGAGUACGAGAAAACGGACAAGGGCGCUGAAAGUGGAUUUUUGGAUUCAGAAGAAACUGGAGACGUUGGAAAAUCAAAAGGUUCAGAAAUGAAAGGUCUAGAAAACGUACUUGAAAUACAAGAAAAUGAUGCAAAAUUGAUCGAGUCGAAGGAGCCAGAGGAGAAUCGCUCUGAAAGUUUUCAUUCGAAAGAGACGACUGAAGAGAAGGAAGUUGAAAGUGAUUUACUGAGCGAUUUAGAGGUUAGUGGAAAUGACGGAAUGUGCUUGGAGCCGAUCAGAAACAAAGAGGAAAAGCUUUCGAUUGAAAACAGCUCGCCUGAAAAUUUACCACUAGGAGAGGCCCCUGAUGGAGAAGAUUGGCAGUCAGAUGUUUCACCAGUCUCAUCCUUAGCAUUAAGUGGAUUUGAAUCUUGGAAAGAAAAACCAUCUCUUCUUGAAAAAUCGGAAGAAAGCGAAGAUUUUCAGACUAACACUUCCUCUGAAAUUUGUUUUUCCAGUCAUGCCAACUCCUCUUUCGAAACCUGUGACGAAUUUGUGGAAGGAAAAGACAGCAAUGUGACGGAAUUAACAAUUCCAAGAAAUCAUAUAUCAUUGAGUGAAAGUAGUUCUUUUCAAGCAAACGUGGAAAACAAUUUUACGCGAUCUCUAGUGAAGCCUGAUGAUGAAGGAGACAAGAUAUCAGAAAGUGGACAUCCACGUUUAGCCCGCAAGAACAGAAGAAAGCGCUCGCUAAACAGUGAAGAUCAAGAAUCAUCCCCACCGACCUCCCCUGGUGAUGAGUCUGUUGGUUACUUGUCAGAAAGGGUAAAUUCCCCUGGGCAUCAUGGGAUGGCUGAAGACCGUACCGUAGCGGUGUAUCCUGGGAACUAUCAACAAGCUCACGAAGUAAAUUUGCUGAGGUUUGCAAGCAAGCUCCAGAUUGAUGACGUCACAACCGAGGGUGUUAAAGAAACAGACGAGGGAACUUUAGAAGGGUUUUAUUCACAACAGCAAACCAUGCCCAAAGGAAACAUUCACCCGGUUAACAAAGAUGUUGACAGCUCGCAUAAAGGCUUAUGGAAUCCUAAUAGUUCUGCGUCUCAAAAUGUUUGCGAGGACAUGAAAGAGUUGAAGGAAGAAUUGAAGAGCGCCUUGAAGGAAAUUGAAGAACUACGACAGGAGAACAAGGAGAUGAAAAAGGAGAUUCGAAAACUUUCGACAUCCGCAGAAGAAAACGAAUUUUUCGUCAAAACAACACAAUUUACAGAAAGAUUACUAAGAGAGAUGAGGGAAAGAGAGGCAAAGGUACACGCCCAAAGAGCGCACUUGACUUGCGAGACUUACAGAUUGGACGGGGACCUCAGCUAUUCGAGAAACCCAGAGGUUAGUUCAAUGAGAUGGCUUUCAAGCGCGCAAAGGCGAAGCGAUGAAUGUCUUCAUCGAUUAACCCAUAAUAAAUCUUCCUUGUCAUCCUUGAAGGUUCUUGGAGCAAAACUGAAAGAAAUUACAAGGUCAGUUGAAAAUUUGGCCAUGCACCCAGAACUGCAGAGCGAAACUUUACGACAACCCUCUCGUGCUCCUGAUCUCUCGUACUAUAGCCCGUCUACACCAUAUUCAAACCCGCUAAAUGAUCAUCUACGAAUAACGGAGCAGUCAAUAACUCCUGCACGGUCCUCUCAAAUUGAUAAGGAAAUGUCCAGGGAAAAUUCAACAAUGGCUCGCACGGCGCUGGAAAAGCUAGGAGAGGAAGGAAAUCUUGUUCCUUCAAAUACUCCGUUAACUGAGAAAGAUUCGGUUCGGAGAGAUAAGAAAUUCCAGAUUACUGACCACGCGCCGGAACUCUUGAAGAAUUCUGGAGGCAGCGGCACUGGUGACUGGCAUCACGAUACUAAAGAUCACAUUCAGCGUUAUAUUGUUCGCUCGUCCGAUUACAUUGCCAAAUUGCGAGAUUUAAAGCCAGAAGAAAUGACAUCCGAUUCCAAGUUGCCUUAA